CAGCCAAUGACUGAUGAAGCAUUAAUAGAUUUAAUCGAUAUUGAUUGGCGCAACGAUAAACUUCCAAAUGAGGAUAUUUUGUUGCCAUUAGAUAAAUUGCCAGAUCCAGAAGAUUGUGAACAUCAAACAAUGAAAGAAGUUGAAGACAAGUGGUUGGACCUAGCAAUCAUGACUCGUCAUUCAGAUGAUACAUUAAAUAUUAGCAAUUCAUAA